AUGCACCCGGGCCUGGCGGUGGGCCUGGUGUUCGCAGGCUGCUGCAGCAACGUCAUCUUCCUGGAGCUCCUGGUCAGGAAGCAUCCAGGAUGUGGGAAUAUCGUGACAUUUGCCCAGUUUUUAUUUAUAGCUGUGGAAGGCUUUCUCUUUGAAGUGGACUUGGGAAGGAAGCGGCCAGCCAUCCCAAUAAGGUACUACGCGGUAAUGGUCACCAUGUUCUUCACCGUCAGCGUGGUGAACAACUACGCCCUGAACCUCAACAUCGCCAUGCCCCUGCAUAUGAUAUUCCGAUCUGGUUCUCUGAUCGCCAACAUGAUUCUAGGAAUUAUCAUUCUGAAGAAAAGAUACAGUGUGUUCAAGUACACCGCCAUCGCCUUGGUCUCUGUGGGGAUAUUUAUCUGUACUUUCAUGUCAGCCAAGCAGGUGACUUCCCAGUCCAGCGUGAGCGACGACGACGGCUUCCAGGCGUUUGCGUGGUGGCUGCUAGGUAUCGGGGCUCUGACAUUUGCCCUUCUGAUGUCGGCGAGGAUGGGCAUAUUCCAGGAGACCCUGUACAAACAGUUCGGGAAACACUCCAAGGAGGCAUUGUUUUAUAAUCACGCCCUUCCGCUUCCUGGUUUCAUCUUCUUGGCUUCGGAUAUCUAUGAGCACGCGAUUCGGUUCAGUGAAUCUGAGCCCUAUCAGAUUCCGGUCGUCGGCGUGAGCAUCCCUGUCAUGUGGUUCUACCUGCUCAUGAACGUCAUCACGCAGUACGUGUGCAUCCGUGGAGUCUUCAUCCUGACCACCGAGUGCGCCUCCCUCACCGUCACGCUCGUGGUGACGCUGCGUAAGUUCGUGAGCCUCAUCUUCUCCAUCCUGUACUUCCAGAACCCCUUCACGCCCUGGCACUGGCUGGGCACCCUCUGUGUCUUCAUCGGGACCCUGCUGUACACAGAGGUGUGGAAACACCUCAGACGCCCGCCUCCGGAGGAGGACAAGAAGAAAUGA